AUGUCGAGCGGCACACAAUCAGACACCAACCCCGACGAGACCAUGCGUCUGGCUGUGGAGCGAUUCCGCGCCAAAAUGGAGUCCUCGAAUCGGCAGUUUAUUCAAGAUCGCAUCGACGAGAUCGAAGCUAUGCAUCUCUCGACCGAGGAUGAAAAGUUACAUCACAUGCUUACGUACUGGGCUGACUUGAACAUCAAAGACUGGAGUAACUGCAAUGAUGACGCUCCCAGAGACAUUAUCCGGCGAGUUCGCGAGACCGCAAAUGUCUCGCGACUAGAGGACCUGAAGACGAUAUUUCAUGAACGUAUGGAUGGAAUCAUUCCGUCAACGCUGGUGACAGAUGAGUGGCGCGAAAUGUUUCUUGACACUGUCGAAAUUGUGUGUAACGAGGCCGCUGAGCAAGAUGAAGAUGAUGAGAACUUGCACAUUCCAAGAUGUGAUGAGCUAGGCCACUUCCUCAAAUACGAGGAGGGAAUGUCUCAAUAA